GCCGCCGGAGCCAUGAGCAGCGGCAGCGGCAGCAGCGGCGCCGCCGCCCCGGCCUCCUCCGCCUCCUCCGCCUGCGGCUCCGUCUCCACCUCCGCCGCCGCCGCCUCGGGGCCCUCCUCGGGCGCGGCCGGCGCGGUGGGCUUGGGCUCGGGCGACGGGGCCGAGGAGGCGGCCAAGGACCUGGCCGACAUCGCCGCCUUCUUCCGAUCGGGGUUUCGGAAAAACGAUGAAAUGAAAGCGAUGGACGUUUUGCCAAUUUUAAAGGAAAAGGUCGCUUACCUUUCAGGCGGCAGAGACAAGCGCGGUGGCCCCAUACUCACGUUCCCGGCUCGCAGCAACCACGACAGAAUACGGCAGGAGGACCUCAGGAGACUCAUUUCCUACCUAGCCUGUAUCCCCAGUGAGGAGGUGUCCAAGCGCGGUUUUACGGUGAUUGUGGACAUGCGUGGCUCUAAAUGGGACUCCAUCAAGCCGUUGCUCAAGAUCCUACAGGAGUCCUUCCCCGGCUGUAUCCACGUGGCACUCAUCAUCAAACCCGACAACUUCUGGCAGAAGCAGAGGACCAACUUCGGCAGCUCCAAGUUUGAAUUUGAGACAAACAUGGUGUCCCUGGAAGGCCUCACCAAAGUCGUGGACCCAUCCCAGCUCACGCCUGAGUUCGACGGCUGCCUGGAAUACAACCACGAGGAGUGGAUCGAGAUCCGCGUGGCCUUCGAGGACUAUGUGAGCAAUGCCACCCACAUGCUGUCGCGCCUGGAGGAGCUGCAGGACCUGCUGGCUCAGAAGGAGCUCCCACAGGACCUGGACGGGGCACGAGGCAUGAUCGAGGAGCACGCACAGCUCAAGAAGAAAGUGAUCAAGGCGCCCAUCGAGGACCUGGACCUGGAGGGCCAGAAGCUGCUGCAGCGCAUCCAGAGCAGCGACAGCUUCCCACGGAAGAACUCAGGCUCGGGCAACGCCGACCUGCAGGGGCUGCUGCCCCGGGUGUCGGCCAUGCUGGACCGGCUGCACUCCACGCGCCAGCACCUGCACCAGAUGUGGCACCUGCGCAAGCUCAAGCUGGACCAGUGCUUCCAGCUGCGGCUCUUCGAGCAGGACGCUGAGAAGAUGUUUGACUGGAUCACGCACAACAAGGGCCUGUUUCUGAACAGCUACACAGAGAUUGGGACCAGCCAUCCACACGCCAUGGACCUCCAGACCCAACACAACCACUUCGCCAUGAACUGCAUGAAUGUGUAUGUGAACAUCAACCGCAUCAUGUCCGUGGCCGGUCGUCUGGUGGAGUCGGGCCACUAUGCAUCCCAGCAGAUCAAGCAGAUCGCCAGCCAGCUGGAGCAGGAGUGGAAGGCCUUCGCUGCUGCCCUGGACGAGCGCAGUGCCCUGUUGGACAUGUCGUCCAUCUUCCACCAGAAGGCCGAGAAGUACAUGAGUAACGUGGACCCGUGGUGCAAGGCGUGCGGUGAGGUCGACCUGCCCUCGGAGCUGCAGGACCUGGAGGACGCCAUUCACCACCACCAGGGCAUCUACGAGCUUAUCACUGUGGCCUAUGCAGAGGUGAGUCAGGAUGGGAAAUCGCUCCUGGACAAGCUGCAGCGGCCCCUGACCCCUGGCAGCUCCGACUCACUCACAGCCUCUGCCAACUACUCGAAGGCCGUGCACCACGUGCUGGAUGUCAUCCACGAAGUGCUGCACCACCAGCGACAGCUGGAGAACAUCUGGCAGCACCGCAAGGUCCGGCUCCACCAGCGGCUGCAGCUCUGCGUCUUCCAGCAGGAUGUGCAGCAGGUGCUGGACUGGAUCGAGAACCAUGGUGAGGCCUUUCUGAGCAAGCACACGGGCGUGGGCAAGUCACUCCACCGAGCCCGGGCUUUGCAGAAGCGUCAUGAGGACUUUGAAGAAGUGGCGCAGAACACCUACACCAAUGCUGACAAACUGCUGGAGGCGGCCGAGCAGCUGGCACAGACGGGGGAGUGCGAUCCAGAAGAGAUCUACCAGGCAGCCCAUCAGCUUGAGGACCGGAUCCAGGACUUCGUGCGGCGAGUGGAGCAGCGGAAGAUCCUGCUGGACAUGUCGGUGUCCUUCCACACACACGUCAAGGAGCUGUGGACAUGGUUGGAGGAACUGCAGAAGGAGCUGCUGGAUGACGUGUACGCCGAAUCGGUGGAGGCCGUGCAGGACCUCAUCAAGCGCUUCGGGCAGCAGCAGCAGACAACGCUGCAGGUGACAGUGAACGUGAUCAAGGAGGGCGAGGACCUGAUUCAGCAGCUCAGGGACUCUGCUAUCUCCAGCAACAAGACGCCACACAACAGCUCCAUCAGCCACAUCGAGACGGUGCUGCAGCAGCUGGACGAGGCGCAAGCCCAGAUGGAGGAGCUGUUCCAGGAGCGGAAGAUCAAGUUGGAGCUGUUCCUGCAGCUGCGCAUCUUCGAGAGGGAUGCCAUCGAUAUCAUCUCAGACCUGGAGUCCUGGAACGAUGAGCUGUCCCAGCAGAUGAACGACUUCGACACCGAGGACCUCACUAUCGCUGAGCAGCGGCUGCAGCAUCACGCAGACAAGGCACUGACCAUGAACAACCUGACCUUCGAUGUCAUCCACCAGGGCCAGGACCUGCUGCAAUAUGUGAACGAGGUGCAGGCCUCUGGCGUGGAGCUGCUGUGCGACCGUGAUGUGGACAUGGCCACACGGGUGCAGGACCUGCUGGAGUUCCUGCACGAGAAGCAGCAGGAGCUGGACCUGGCGGCCGAGCAGCACCGGAAGCACCUGGAGCAAUGUGUGCAGCUGCGCCACUUGCAGGCCGAGGUCAAGCAGGUAUUGGGCUGGAUCCGCAACGGGGAGUCGAUGCUGAAUGCGGGGCUGAUCACAGCCAGCUCGCUUCAGGAGGCCGAGCAGCUGCAGCGGGAGCACGAGCAGUUCCAGCAUGCCAUUGAGAAGACGCAUCAGAGCGCCCUCCAAGUGCAGCAGAAAGCAGAGGCCAUGCUGCAGGCUGGCCACUACGACAUGGACACCAUCCGAGACUGCGCUGAGAAGGUGGCCUCGCACUGGCAGCAGCUUAUGUUAAAGAUGGAGGAUCGCCUCAAGCUGGUCAAUGCCUCAGUGGCCUUCUACAAGACCUCGGAGCAGGUCUGCAGCGUCCUGGAGAGCCUGGAGCAGGAGUACAAGAGGGAAGAGGACUGGUGUGGGGGUGCCGACAAACUGGGCCCCAACUCCGAGACGGAUCACGUCACCCCCAUGAUCAGCAAGCACCUGGAGCAGAAGGAGGCCUUCCUGAAGGCCUGCACGCUAGCACGGAGGAACGCUGAUGUCUUCCUCAAGUAUCUGCACCGCAACAGCGUCAACAUGCCGGGGAUGGUGACACACGUCAAAGCACCCGAGCAGCAAGUGAAAAAUAUCUUGAAUGAGCUCUUCCAGCGGGAAAACAGGGUUCUGCACUACUGGACCAUGAGGAAGAGGCGGCUAGACCAGUGUCAGCAGUACGUGGUCUUUGAGCGCAGUGCCAAGCAGGCACUGGAGUGGAUCCACGACAAUGGGGAAUUCUACCUGUCCACACACACGUCCACCGGCUCCAGCGUCCAGCACACGCAAGAGCUGCUCAAGGAGCACGAAGAGUUCCAGAUCACCGCAAAGCAAACCAAAGAGCGAGUGAAGCUGCUGAUCCAGCUGGCGGAUGGCUUCUGCGAGAAGGGCCAUGCCCACGCCGCCGAGAUCAAGAAAUGCGUGACGGCCGUGGACAAGCGCUACCGCGACUUCUCGCUUCGCAUGGAGAAGUACCGAACGUCGCUGGAGAAAGCCCUGGGCAUCUCCGACUCCAACAAAUCUAGCAAGAGCCUGCAGCUGGACAUCAUCCCCGCCAGCAUCCCCGGCUCCGAGGUGAAGCUUCGUGACGCUGCUCAUGAGCUGAACGAGGAGAAGCGGAAGUCAGCGCGCCGGAAAGAGUUCAUCAUGGCUGAGCUGAUCCAGACAGAGAAGGCCUACGUCAGGGACCUGCGCGAAUGCAUGGACACGUACCUAUGGGAAAUGACCAGUGGCGUGGAGGAGAUCCCACCUGGCAUCGUCAACAAAGAACUGGUCAUCUUUGGGAACAUGCAAGAGAUCUAUGAGUUCCACCACAACAUCUUUCUCAAGGAGCUGGAGAAAUAUGAACAGCUGCCAGAGGAUGUCGGCCACUGCUUUGUCACCUGGGCAGACAAGUUCCAGAUGUAUGUCACCUACUGCAGGAACAAGCCCGACUCCACCCAGCUGAUCCUGGAGCAUGCUGGCUCGUACUUUGACGAGAUCCAGCAGCGACACGGACUAGCCAAUUCCAUCUCCUCCUACCUUAUCAAGCCCGUCCAGCGAAUCACCAAGUAUCAGCUCCUCUUGAAGGAGCUGCUCACUUGCUGUGAAGAAGGGAAGGGGGAGAUCAAGGACGGGUUGGAGGUGAUGCUCAGCGUGCCCAAGCGGGCCAACGAUGCCAUGCACCUCAGCAUGCUGGAAGGCUUCGAUGAGAAUAUUGAGUCUCAGGGAGAGCUGAUCCUGCAGGAAUCCUUCCAAGUGUGGGACCCCAAAACCUUAAUCCGGAAGGGCCGAGAGCGGCACCUCUUCCUUUUUGAAAUGUCCUUAGUGUUUAGUAAAGAAGUCAAAGACUCCAGUGGGAGAAGCAAGUACCUUUAUAAAAGCAAGUUGUUUACCUCAGAGCUGGGCGUCACAGAGCACGUGGAAGGCGACCCUUGCAAAUUUGCACUGUGGGUGGGGAGGACGCCCACCUCAGACAAUAAAAUCGUCCUGAAGGCCUCCAGCAUCGAGAACAAGCAGGACUGGAUCAAGCACAUCCGGGAGGUGAUCCAGGAGCGGACGGUGCACCUGAAAGGCGCCCUCAAGGAGCCCAUCCACAUCCCCAAGACGGCACCCGCCCCUCGGCAGAAGGGCAGAAGGGAUGGUGAGGACCUGGACAGCCAAGGGGACGGGAGCAGCCAGCCUGACACCAUUUCCAUUGCAUCCCGGACAUCCCAGAACACGCUGGACAGUGACAAGCUCUCAGGUGGCUGCGAGCUGACAGUGGUGAUCCAUGACUUCACGGCCUGCAACAGCACCGAGCUGACCAUCCGCCGAGGCCAGACAGUGGAGGUGCUGGAGCGGCCCCAUGACAAGCCUGACUGGUGCCUAGUGCGUACCACGGACCGUUCGCCCGCUGCCGAGGGCCUGGUGCCCUGUGGCUCCCUGUGCAUCGCCCACUCACGCAGCAGCAUGGAGAUGGAGGGGAUCUUUAACCACAAAGACUCACUCUCCGUGUCCAGCAAUGAUGCCAGCCCACCCGCGUCUGUGGCCUCCCUGCAGCCGCACAUGCUGGGUGCCCAGAGCUCACCGGGCCCCAAGCGUCCUGGAAACACGCUGCGAAAGUGGCUCACCAGCCCAGUGCGGCGGCUGAGCAGCGGCAAGGCUGACGGGCACGUUAAGAAGCUGGCGCACAAGCACAAGAAGAGCCGGGAGGUGCGCAAGAGCGCAGACGCUGGAUCGCAGAAGGACUCGGAUGACAGCGCCGCCACCCCACAGGAUGAGACUGUGGAGGAGAGAGCCCGGAACGAGGGCCUGAGCAGCGGCACGCUGUCCAAGUCGUCAUCCUCAGGCAUGCAGAGCUGCGGAGAAGAGGAGGGCGAGGAAGGCGCUGAUGCCGUGCCACUGCCCCCGCCCAUGGCUAUCCAGCAGCACAGCCUGCUGCAGCCCGACUCGCAGGAUGACAAGGCCUCCUCUCGCCUGUUGGUUCGCCCCACCAGCUCCGAGACUCCGAGCGCUGCAGAGCUGGUCAGUGCCAUCGAGGAGCUGGUGAAGAGCAAAAUGGCACUGGAAGACCGGCCUAGUUCGCUGCUAGUGGACCAAGGUGACAGCAGCCCGUCCUUCAACCCCUCCGACAACUCCCUCCUGUCACCCUCCUCGCCCCUCGAUGAGCUGGAGGAAAGGAAGUGCAGUUCUCUGAAGAGGCGGCGCUAUGUCUUGCAAGAACUAGUGGAGACCGAGCGUGACUACGUGCGGGACCUGGGCUGUGUGGUUGAGGGCUACAUGGCGCUCAUGAAGGAGGACGGGGUCCCCGAUGACAUGAAGGGCAAAGACAAGAUCGUCUUUGGCAACAUCCAGCAGAUCUACGACUGGCACAGGGACUUUUUUUUAGGAGAGUUGGAGAAGUGCCUUGAAGAUCCAGAAAAACUAGGAUCCCUUUUUGUUAAACACGAGAGAAGGUUGCAUAUGUACAUAGUGUAUUGUCAGAACAAACCAAAGUCGGAGCAUAUUGUUUCAGAAUACAUCGAUACCUUUUUCGAGGACUUGAAGCAGCGACUCGGGCACAGGCUGCAACUCACAGAUCUGUUGAUCAAGCCAGUGCAGAGAAUCAUGAAGUACCAGCUGCUCCUGAAGGACUUCCUCAAGUACUCCAAGAAAGCCAGCCUGGACACAUCGGAAUUAGAGCGCGCCGUGGAGGUCAUGUGCGUCGUCCCCAAGCGCUGUAAUGACAUGAUGAGCGUCGGGCGGCUGCAGGGAUUUGAUGGUAAAAUUGUGGCACAGGGCAAGCUACUCUUGCAGGACACAUUCUCAGUCACGGACCAGGACGCCGGCCUCCUGCCCCGCUGCAGAGAGCGGCGGGUGUUCCUGUUCGAGCAGAUCGUCAUCUUCAGCGAGCCGCUUGACAAGAAGAAGGGCUUCUCUAUGCCUGGAUUCCUGUUCAAGAACAGCAUCAAGGUGAGCUGCCUAUGUCUGGAGGAGAACGUGGAGGACGACCCCUGCAAGUUUGCCCUGACGGCGCGGACUGGUGAGGCCGUGGAGACCUUCAUCCUGCACUCGUCCAGCCCCAGCGUCCGGCAGACGUGGAUUCAUGAGAUCAACCAGAUCUUAGAAAACCAGCGCAACUUUUUAAAUGCCUUGACAUCACCCAUCGAGUACCAGAGGAACCACAGCGGAGGCUCCCAGGCUCCAGCCGGAGCAGACCCUCCCGGAUUCCGCAGCCUGUCCGCCACCACUCCCCCGUGCUGGUCUCCUCUGCGGCCCCCAGCCCGGCAGAGGCCGACAAGAUGUCAGAGUGAAAGCAGCAGCAACGGCAUCUCCGCCAUGUUGGUGACGCACGAUUACACGGCAGUGAAGGAGGAUGAGAUUAACGUCUGCCAGGGAGAGGUCGUUCAAGUUCUGGCCAGCAACCAGCAGAACAUGUUCCUGGUGUUCCGCGCCGCCACUGACCAGUGCCCCGCCGCCGAGGGCUGGAUCCCGGGCAUGGUCCUGGGCCACACCAGCGCCGGCAGCAUGGAGAACCCCGAUGGGACCCUCAAGAAGUCAACAUCUUGGCACACAGCACUCCGUUUAAGGAAAAAAUCUGAGAAAAAAGAUAAAGACGGCAAACGGGAAGGCAAGUUAGAGAACGGAUAUCGGAAAUCCCGGGAAGGACUCAGUAACAAGGUAUCGGUGAAGCUUCUCAACCCCAGCUACAUUUAUGACGUUCCCCCAGAUUUCGUCGUUCCCUUGAGUGAGGUCACGUGUGAGACAGGAGAGACCGCUGUUCUUCGAUGUCGUGUUUGCGGCCGCCCCACAGCCUCGAUCACCUGGAAGGGCCCCGAACACAAUACCUUGAACAGCGACGGCCACUACAGCAUCUCCUACAGUGACUUCGGAGAGGCCGCUCUGAAGAUCGUGGGAGUGACCACGGACGAUGACGGCAUCUACACGUGCAUUGCGGUGAACGACAUGGGCUCCGCCUCGUCCUCGGCCAGUCUUAGGGUGCUAGGUCCAGGGCGUGAUGGCAUCGUGGUGACCUGGAAGGACAACUUUGACGCCUUAUACAGCGAAGUGGCCGAGCUUGGCAGGGGCAGGUUCUCUGUCGUCAAGAAAUGUGAUCAGAAGGGAACCAAGCGAGCAGUGGCCACCAAGUUUGUGAACAAGAAGUUGAUGAAACGCGACCAGGUCACCCACGAGCUGGGAAUCCUGCAGAACCUCCAGCACCCGCUGCUGGUGGGCCUCCUGGAUACCUUCGAGACAUCCACCAGUUAUGUCCUAGUGUUGGAAAUGGCGGACCAGGGGCGUCUCCUGGACUGUGUGGUGCGCUGGGGGAACCUCACGGAAGGGAAGAUCAGGGCGUACCUGGGGGAAGUGCUGGAAGCCGUGAGAUACCUUCACAACUGCAGGAUCGCGCACCUGGACCUGAAGCCCGAAAACAUCCUGGUGGAUCAGAGUGCAGCCAAGCCCACCGUCAAGCUGGCCGACUUCGGCGACGCCGUGCAGCUCGGCACCACCUACCACAUCCACCAGCUGCUGGGGAGCCCCGAGUUCGCCGCCCCCGAGAUCAUCCUGGGCAACCCCGUCUCACUGACCUCGGACACGUGGAGCGUGGGGGUGCUCACCUAUGUGCUGCUGAGCGGCGUGUCCCCCUUCCUGGACGACAGCACGGAAGAGACGUGCCUAAACAUUUGCCGGCUGGACUUCAGCUUCCCAGAUGAUUACUUCCACGGCGUGAGCCACAAGGCCAAGGAGUUCGUGUGUCUCCUCCUGCAGGAGGACCCGGCCCUACGGCCCUCGGCGGCGUUGGCCCUGCAGGAGCCGUGGCUGCAAGCGGGCCACGGCCAUGGCACGGGGGUCCUGGACACGGCCAGGCUGACUUCGUUCAUUGAGCGGCGCAAACACCAGAACGACGUUCGACCCAUCCGGAGCAUGAAAAACUUCCUACAGAGCAGGCUCGGGCCUCGAGUCUGAGCGGAGCUUGCAGUUUUGUCUCUCAUUCUCUUUCACCUGCCAAAAAAAUCAGCUGUUAAUCUGAACUCUGAGGAGAAAACCACCAACCAUCCGACUGAGAACUGCCGUCUAUUGAUCGUGUGACAGGGCUGAUCCCAGAGAGCCCGGGAGGGGCUCGGCCACCCCGCUGCGGGGUGGACAGGCCUCCUCCUCUCUCGCUGUGUCAGUCUUUGAUUCAGGUUUCUGCAAAAAAAAUAAAUAAAUAAAUAAGAUUUUAAAAAAUUAAAAAAAAAAACUUUUUUAAAGGAACACAAAUAGGAUUUUGCAAAUUUACCAUUUUUUUUCCAAGAUGAAUUCAAGGAAACGCAAUGCCUAUGUUCAACCACUGAUGUUCACGAAGUGAACCAAGGGCCCUCUGUCUCUGGGAUGGACCCACCCUCCAAAGGGCCCAGAGCAAAGGGGUGGGGGGGCCAGGAGAAGCUUCUGGAACGUGCAUCCAACCUCAGACUUCUGCAUAGGAACAGAAUGAAUGGUUUUUGCUCUGAUGAAAUGUAGGCCUUACUUGUAAAUAGACUGGCCCUGCCUUCCAUCUUUUAUCACCCCUUCUAGCCUCCCUCCCCACCGCGGUGGGGGGGAAGGGGUGACCUGGGAGGGAGGAGGUGCCGGGCUCAGAGGGCCCCACCUCCCCCCUCCCUCCAAGCCGUCAAUCAGAUUUUUUUUGUGCAGUACCGUCAAACGGAAGUACUGUAAACGCACUCCUUGGGGAGUUUUUUGGGGGGUUUUAUUUCCUAUCAUGUGCAAUGUUGUGGCUUUAACAUUUUAUGCAACUAUUUAUGAAGACCUCUGUUGUACCUGUAAUAAAUACAUAGAAAAAGCA